UGUAGAUAAAGCUUCCGGUUAUGAUGAACAACCGUUAUUUGCUUCUGUGCAAAACAUGUAAUGUUUUGUCUGUGAUAUAAUUAUAUGUGAAAUAUAAUUUAAAAUGGAGAGGGCCCGAAGAAUAGUGACCCAAACAAACGCUCACUGUAUGGACAUGCUGGCAGAAGUCCAGCCAUAUUUAGUGGAGGUUGCCUACUUUUUCUUCUUUUUAUCGAGACAUAUGACUUUACCACUUUUCCAGGAGUAUGUGCAAUCCGAGUUUUACAAGCAAAGCCAUCUGAAAGCAAGCGUCAUUGAGUCGUUUGAUGUGUACAGUGGAAACGGCUCCGGCCUUUACAAUGUUGCCCACAGGGAGAGCACUCUAGCCAUUCUGAGUCUACAGAUAGCCGAGGGCUUGCCUGCAGUCAUUACUGUGAUCAUUUUAGGGGCCGUCAGUGACAAGACUUCUAAGAGAAAGAUUCUGUUGUGGAUGCCCUCGCUAGGAGGGAUUCUUCACUCUCUGAUAUACAUCCUGAUCCUGUAUACAAGCUGGACUAUGGAUGGGCUGUUCAUGGCUUCGGCUAUAAGGGGGUUGAGUGGUAGUAUGACAGCGUUUCUAGCUGGAAGUACAUUCUUUGCCAUUAACACAACGCAACGAGAAAAACGUUCAUCCCGUCUUGCUAUUCAAGAAUCUCUGAAUGGCUUAGCCUACGCAAUAGCCAAUAUAAUGGUCGGGUACUGGGUCAAAGCCAGUGGUUUUCAUCAGCCAUUCUGGUUCACAUUAAUAUGUGGCUGCAUUGCUUUCCUCAUUUCUUUCUUUCUUGUAAAGGAGGUGAAAGUAGAAACCAAUAACGCUAGUAGAUAUGACACAGAAAACUGUUGUAUUGAUACAUUUAGACCAAUGGGGAAGUUUUUUAGAUGUAAAGAUAGAAAACUGUUGAUUAUGUGGCUUGCCAUUUUAGCAUUUCAAAGUUAUGCCUGGGUUCAUCUUGGACAGAUCAACACUCUGGUUCUGUAUUUCACGGGGUCUCCGUAUCACUGGCAAUCUCACAAGGUGGGCGUCUUCCUGUCCGUUGCCAUGGGAGUGGCAUCACUAGGGGUCUUGUUCACUCCCCCUGUGCUGAGGAACUGGUUUUCAGAUAUUCACAUCACAUUUGGGGGACUCUUUUCAAAGGCAUUAGGAACCCUUUGGCUUGCUGUUGUUCAGAAUGAAAUUGUGAUUUAUUUUGCCAUAUUUAUGUUGGUACUGGAGCUGAUUCCUUUUCCAAUGUUGAGAGCUGUGGUUGCAAACAGCAUUGAUACUGCAGACCAAGGGUCUCUGUUUGCUUUGAUGCACUGUGGGGAGGGGAUCACCUAUUUCCUGGCCCCCUUUAUGUUCCAGUCCCUCUACGCCGACAGUAUUGACUACUUCACCGGGUUCGUGUUCGUGCUGUCCGUAAUUCUGCUCAUCAUUCCAGUCGGAUUUGUCAUAGCUAUUAAGUUUCUUGAAACUGGCCAGCCAGGGGAGUAUGAAAGGAUGGAGGGGGAGACAGAAAUGACCCCAGGAGAGGAUCUGCCCCUCCCAUCGAAUGAAGAGAGCAAGGACAUUAGUGUUAUCCCAGUAACAUCCAAUCAGAGUGAAGCUAAUCAAAUAACAGCCAAUCAAAACACAGCAAAUACAGGGGCAACUGACGAGGAGCCGGUAGCUGUGUAAAGAAUAUGUGUUCCAACUCUGUUGUGUUAGAACAUUGAUGUAGCAGACAGUGUUAAAAGUGGCUUUAAUAUAUUAAUGUAUGUGUUAAUGAUACUGAUGUAUAAUUUUUCCCUCCAUUGAAUACCAAGUUGUUUUGUGAAUUUGUAGCAUGUUGCUCUGAAACAGUUUAUAAGUGUUAUAUAACACUGAGAUUAAUCCAUAAUCCAAAGACAGCUCAAGCAAUGGUCUGUGUACAUAUGCAUUGUACUGUUUUGUACAAGCAUUGUCCUUGUCUCUGGAUAAAUUUCAUUAUUGUUAGUCAAUGCCUUUGCUGUUGUAGCAGAGGUUUUAACGGUGAUUUCUUCUUGAGAAGAAAACUAGUUAGGGGAUUUUUAAAUGCUAUACAUAACCAAUUUUAUUUAUUAAUUUUCAUUAAAACUAUAUAAUAGCAGCAUUCCUUGCUCACUGAUGUUGGAGAUACAUAUUUAUUUCAAAAUAUGGAACCUUUGAGGCUGUGUAGGUCACUCAUUUUCUAUUCUUAAAGAAUAGUCUGUAUAGAAGUUAAUUUUGCUUUGUUAUGGAUGAUGUAGGUCUGAUUUGCAGGCAUUUUAGCAUUACCACUGUUAAUGGUCAAACGGGGAGAAAUUUACUGUCCCAGGCCUAGGAAUGCUACAAUAUUUGAUUUACACAUAACUUCGUUUUUAUCUUCCAAACCAAAGCACCAGUUUUCCUUCUGUAAACCUUUUGUCAAGAAAUUUAUCUUUUCAGAAUAUGAAAUAUAUAAAGGUAUUAAAUGUAGAAAAAAUUCAUUCCUUUAUUUUAUUUAAUGGAACUGUCAGAUCUAAUUUAAUAAAUGUUCCAGGAUGUAGCUUUUGCGUAGAGAUGUGUAAAUAGCUACAGACAAUUACCAGUAGGUUAGUGGGUUCAGUUUUAUUGUUGAUAUUAAUGUUAUAUUGUUAUCAAGUGAAACUUGAGUUUUAUGUCACAAGAUCUUUCAUGUAUUUUUACAUGUAUUUUCAAUUUUUGCUUUUUUCCAGAGUAAUAUUUAUAUCCUUAUACAUAUCCACUUUCCAUUUGUUUCUUUAUUUAUUACUUCCAUGAUGUUGUAUCUUUAUUUUCAAUGAAUCUUGCCUCUGACUAUGUUGCUUUGUUUGGGGUUAUCUUUAUUAUUGUUGUAGAAAAUUUGAUGUGGUUUUAUAAUGUACCUUAAUUGUCGUAAAUCAAGAGUUAUAAUAUCAAUCAGAUGUUUAGUGUUUAAAGCUUUAUUGUUCCAUUUUUUAUAACCAAAGUUCAUGUGACCAAUAUCUCUUGACCUGGUUUUGUGAAGUAGGACCUCCAACAUGUGAUACCAUUUGCUCAUUCGUUGUUUUUUUCUCUUGUUAUUUGUUCUCUGGUCCCUUCGAGACAUCAAAUUUAUUUACUAUACAUUGAAAAAAAAACCCAAAAUACUCUUAUUUAUUUUGAACUUGAAUCAAAUCUUAAAACCAAAAAAACAACUCACCUCAAUACAAUCUAGUCCAGUACCAGUGAAUGAUGUGCAAUUAUAUAGUUAUGUCCAUUUGAUAGGUGUCCUUCGACAUUAACUUCAGCAUUGUCAUUUUAUUAAGCUGUCUCUUUACAUGUAUGAGGCAUCCUUAUAAACCUGAUAAAUUUUGCUUACUUUACUUUAAUUGUUAUAUUUUUUAUAGAACAAUACAAUGAAACUUCACAAUAGCGACACCCAUCAAAACAGACAUUCUGGUUGGUUUUGGAAGUCCCUGUCAUAUCCCCUUUAUUCUCAAGAAAUCUCAGCAAAACCUGUAACCCUUCCAACCCUGUUACUUAGUCUGGACCAGCUAGUGGCAGGUGAAGAUAUUUUUAUUGUAACACUUCAAUAUGUUUUUUUUUCUGAAAUGAGAUCCAUGUAUUAUAAUAUAUACAUUUGUUUUUAAAGCUAUCUUACAGUUUUGGUUUUACAUGAGCUUACUGUUUCUGGUUAUAAUGCAUAUUAAACUCUGAAAGUGCA